GUUGCCGGGAGCGCGUCCGUGCGCGGUGCUGCGCCCGAGCCUGGGGAGAGGCCCAGUCUGCGGGGGAGCUGCUGCUGGGCAGGGCCGGAGGAGCGGGCGGAAGGAAAACUGGGCCGGCGGGUCCCAGACAGGGCGAGGCAGCAGCGGGCUGAGCUAUUUGAUUAACAAAAUGAAGCCUGCGAAGUUGCACUAUUGGAUUUUGGGUUGCUUUUCCAUGAUACUUUGUUGUUGGUGUACUCCACAUAAAUUCACCCAAAGUGACAACCACCCUCAUACCUGGAAAAAGCUGUACCUUGCUCAUCAUUGGCCAGUGACUGUAUGUAAGAUGAGUACUAAUGAUUGUCAAGACCCUCCAGAGUACUGGACAAUCCAUGGACUGUGGCCUGACAAAACUGAAGAGUGUAAUAGGACAUGGCAUUUCAAUGUCACCGAGAUUAAGGACCUCAUGUCAGACAUGAGGCAAUACUGGCCUGAUGUGCUUCAUUCAUCUCAGAAUCGCACCCAGUUCUGGAAACAUGAAUGGGAUAAACAUGGCACCUGUGCAGCCACGCUUGAGAUUCUUAAUUCUCAGAAGAAAUACUUUGGUAAAGCUUUAGAACUCUACAAGAAAGUUGAUCUAAACAGUUGUCUCCUGAAAGCCGGAAUAAAGCCAAGCAGUUCAUAUUACCAGAUGACUGCCAUAAAGGAAGCUCUUACAAGAUUUUAUGGUGUAAUGCCGAAGAUCCAGUGUCUUCCACCAGAAGAGGGUGAAAAAGCACAAACAAUUGGUCAGAUUGAAUUCUGCUUCACUAAAGAACUGCAGCUGCGAAACUGCACAGCGCUGAAAGGUGAAUCUAACCCAAUCCACGCUGACUUGAAGCUUGGAACUGAGGAGCUGUCUAUCUGCAAUGAUGCUCUCCCAACCUAUUAUCCUUCACAGGUUCAAGACCACAAAUGAACCCAUAAGAAUUUGAAAAACUUUUUAAACAGCAACAAAACAUGCUUCUUUUGCCAUUAGAAGAGAAUGAUCCACAUUGUAAUAUAAGUUGCACAGGCUGAAGUAUUGAAUUGUGGCUCUGAUACAAGAUCAGAACCUGAUUUACAGCUUUGCCUGGAUUUUUUGACUUGCUUAUAGUUUGAAUCCAUGUUCAAAAGAGAAGUGACUUCUUAGUUUCACUUGCAGAGAUGUCUGCCACUUGAGCUACUUUUGGUUUUUGCAGUGAGUCAAGGGCUCCCAACAGUGAGCAGUGUCCUGUUUAAAGGGACUUACCUGAGGUACUGCAUUUGCCUUAAUAAAACCCCACCCGCUGUCUUUUUAUUUUGACAACGUUAUUACACAUUAAAUAUUUUAAUUCGCUAUGAUUAAUAUAUUAGUAACAGCAAUAAAACACUGUACAUGA